AUGUCAGAAAUAGUAGAUAACUAGCUAUAGAUCAAUCAGAACAUUGAAGUUAGAGAUAAUCGUCCUGUGAAACUUCUUACUUAGGACGGAGAGAUUCUUGAAGUUCCAAUAUACGUAAUAGAAUAAUCAGCACUGAUUAAAGGUAUGAUUGAUGAUGGUGGGAGUGAGGAAGAGAUCCCACUACAAAAUAUCACUAUGGGCGUCUUAAAAUUAGUGAUUGAAUUUCUUGAACACUUGAUAAAUAAUUAGCCACCUGAAAUAGAAAAACCCUUAAGAUCAAAUGACCUUGAAGAUGUGACUACUGAAUGGUUCGCUAAAUUCAUAGAUAGAGAUGAUGAUACAGUAUAAGAUUUAGUUUUGGCUGCAAACUAUAUGGAUAUCAAACCUCUAUUGGAACUAUCAUGUGCUAAACUAGGAGCAGUUAUUAGAGGCCUAACAAUUCCUGAAUUCAGAAAAAGAUUUAAUAUUGUAAAUGACUUCACACCAGAGGAAGAAGCUGAACCUUUUGACGAAGCUAGAAUAGCUGAAUUGCAUGAAGAAUUCAUUAAAUCCUAAAAUUCUGAAACUCAGGCAUCUACUCAAUGA